AUGUCGAGCACAUCUUCUACCGAGAAUCCCGAGAAGGGGCCCGAUCCUCCACAGCCGACGUGGAUAGUAGAAUGGGACGGCGAGAAUGACCUCGAAAAUCCCCAUAACUGGUCCCAAAAGUACAAAUUGUUCGUCAGCAUUGUACUCAUUAUUCUACCUUUGAUCGUCAAUAUCGGCUCCAGUGUCAUGAGUGGUACUGCUUCAUCGCUAGAGAAGGAGUUCCACGUCAGCUCCGAGGUGGCAGUUCUGACCACCACCAUGUUUUUAAUUGGAUUUGUUACCGGCCCUCUGAUCUUCGGCCCUCUAUCAGAGAAGUACGGGCGGCGAUUGCCUAUUCUCAGCGGCGUGGUUCUCUUCGCUACCUUCUGCAUUCCGAUCGCCGUCGCCCAGAACUUUUAUACAAUCUUAAUCUCACGCUUCUUCAGCGGCGCCUUUGGUGCGUCAUCAAUGGCUGUCACGGGAGGUGCAUUGACAGACGUGUGGAAUACUGCGGUCAGUCGAGGAAUCUCGUUGGAUUGCUUCGUGGCCACAGCCUUCGUGGGUCCCGUCAUUGGACCCAUUGUGGGCGACUUCAUCACGCAGAGCUAUCUGGGCUGGCGUUGGACUAUGUGGAUUACGAUGAUCGCCGCUUACAGCUUCUCCAUAUUCGCUAGCAUCGUCCUGCCCGAGACUUUUGCACCAGCCCUUCUCACAGCCAAAGCCGCGCGACUACGAUUCGAAACAAAGAACUGGGCAUUGCAUAGUAAGAUGGAAGAGGAAAGCAAGACAACGAUCAAGUCUUUUUCGAAGGUCUAUCUCGUGCGCCCGUGGAUUCUCCUUGCAACGGAGCCCAUCAUGAUCCUGGUCACGCUGUACAUGAGCUUCCUUUACGGGCUGCUCUUUCUCUUUUUCCAGGGAUUCCCCAUCUCGUUCGUGGAGCAACGUGGCUGGAAGCCUCAAAUCGGGUCCCUUUCUUUCCUCGGGCUCUUCGUUGGCAUCAUCAUCGGGCUAGUAGGCAUGUUUAUCUGGUCCAUGACGGUCUUCGCGCGCCAGGUCAACUCCACCCCAGGUAAAUCAGUACCGGAGCGUCGUCUGCCGCCGAUGAUUGUGGGCGCCGUUGGAUUGCCCAUCGGACUGUUCUGGUUCGCGUGGACCAGUAAUCCCCAUAUUUCCUGGGGUGCGGAAAUCAUUGCCCCGGCGGUGGUGUCGUCGUCGAUGUUCGCCAUUUUUAUUUCGGGUCUGAAAUACAUUGUUGAUGUGUAUCUGAUUUAUGCGAAUAGCGCGAUCUCUGCCAACACGGUUGUGCGGAGCUGUUUCGGGGCGGGGUUUCCUCUCUUUGCUAAUGCUAUGUACCACAACCUGGGCUUCCCUUGGGCGACUAGCCUGUUGGCGUUUUUGGCUGUCGCGUUGGCUCCAGUGCCGGUCAUCUUCCUCUUGUAUGGGCAGAAGAUCCGGAUGUGGUCGCGCAUGUCAGCCAACAAAACUUGA